AUGUCGACUCAACCGCUUCUUCAAAACUCGCAUCCAAAGCGGAUAGAUUUACCUGCCCGAGUAGAGCCCAAGGUCUUUUUUGCAAAUGAAAGGACCUUCCUUUCCUGGUUACAGUUUACAGUCGUUCUCGGUGGUCUUGCUAUAGGGUUGCUCAACUUUGGCGACAGAAUAGGGAGAAUAUCGGCUGCUUUGUUCACUUUUGUCGCUAUGUCUAUCAUGGUAUACGCUUUAUUCUUAUUUCACUGGAGAGCAACGAAAAUACGCACCAGGGAAUCUGGUCCGUACGAUGAUCGCAUAGGACCAACUGUGUUAUGUGGCUUUCUUCUGGCGGCCGUCAUCGUAAACUUUGCUCUUCGUUUCAAUAAUGGAGACUGA